AUGAAUACACCAGAAACAAAUAUAAACCGUUUCGGAGCCUCUCUACCGGGGAGGUCGGACUCCGGAAAACAAAGAUCCGGCUGCCAGGAGAGGUGCUCGUCCUGGGGGUCGUUAUCAAACGAAGGCACCAAAAAUGCGCAACUGAAAACGGACCGGACUGUAGAGAUAUUGGACACGGAUGUACUUAGGCUACGUGGAGGUGGCAAUCCCGUAGUACCGCCUAUCACAGGUGACAAUGAGAGUGGUGCAAUGGACACUGACGAGCCAGCCUCGAACAAACGGGCCCCGUCGAGCCCAGGCGACGACGAUAAUAAGCCAAAGAAAAAGCCGGUAGAUAAAGCUGACAACGCGCUUAUAAAAGCCAUGAACCUGCAUCUAGGAUUUAUCGAACAAACAAUAGCUAUAGAGCGUGCCAAGAAGCUUACAGUAGCCUCGGCGGAAAACAUGACCGAGCGAACGACAGCUAUUAGGGCUCUUUUCACAGACGUAUGCUUAGAAAACAGCCGUCUUAGGGGCAUAACGCAGGUCAGCACGACUGAACUUAACGGGAUCUUGGCGAGCUUCACCAAGUCCCUCUCCGGUAAAUGCGAUGAGAUCGCGGCUCUCAAAAACGAGAACGCUGAGCUAAAGGCCAAACUCGAAGGCAAAGAGAGCAUGUCGAAAAACGAGAAGCCCGUAGUAAAACCCGUCACGUACGCGGAGAUUGCGGUUGGCAAGGGAGAGCCGAAACCGAAAACUAAGAGCAUAAACACGCUUACCAAAAAGGCUUUGGAGAACUGCCGAGAGACGAAGUCGGGUACAAAGUUUACGGUCGACAUACCAGAAGGCGAGACACUCGCGAAGGUUAAAUCCGACCUGUGGAUUAAAGUUAAGGGUAAACUGAAAAACCCAAGAGCAAAGACCGUGGUAAGGGACAAAACCCUUAUAAUUAUACCGGAUGAUGCCGUCACGUUGGAGGUGUUGAAGCAGGUUCCAAACCUGAAGGAGGUAGGGCCAAGACAGCCCAGAAUUAUAAUCUACGACGUAGAUACCGACAUCUCGGAAGCUGAGAUAGCGGAUGGUCUUCUAGUGCAGAACCCGGAACUCGGCUUAACUCAGACCGAUAUAGAUACCAUGAGGGUCAAGCACAAGCUCGGACCAAGAAAUGGCUGCACCACGCAUUGGGUAAUCGAGACGCCAGCAAGUGUGCUACCCAAGCUUGAAAACAAGACGGUUUUCUUGGGCAUGACAAGGUGCAGAGUUAAGUUACAUAAGACCACCUCGCAGUGCUACCGCUGCCAGAAAUAUGGACAUACGUCGUUGAAGUGUAAUCAGGCUCAGCCGGCAUGUAGACACUGCGCGGAGGCGCAUGACAGUAGGGAAUGCCCUAAUAAACAGAUGGCGGUCUGCGCUAACUGCCGGUUACCACAUAAAGCCUCAAGCUCGGCGUGCAAAGCUAAGGUCACCGCGGUGAAGAGCCUGCUGCGGAGGACGGACUUUACCCCUAAAUGACAGUCACAUACCUAA